AUGAAUAUAUCAACAAAAUCUCUUUAUGAAUUGAAACAUUUGUAUACUUUUAUUUUGGACAUAGAAAAUGCUUUAAAUGAUGCAGAUGUAGUGUUAUUAAGAGAUAUUAUACAAAAAUCCAAGAAACUUGGUGUACCUAUGAAAAGCAAUAAAAACCUGAAUCAAGUAAAUUUAAAUGAAUCAGAAUUAAAAGAGCAGUUUUGUAUUGGCAUCAAGGAAUAUACAAAAAUAGUAACGGAUCCACCUACGAUUCCUUGUAUUUCAUGCGAAAGACUAUUUUGUGCUAGAGACAUUCAACAUUAUGAUCAGAAUAAUGCAACUAAUGUUGCUUUUGAAUUACUCGGCAUAGAACGUGAAAAUCUUUUUCAAAAACUUAAGAAAUUGCAUAACAUUACCGAUAAUUCUAUAUGCAGACCUUGUUUAACAAAUUUAAGAAAAAAUAUCAUGCCAUCCAACUGUAUUUUAAAUAACCUUUUUGUGGGAGAAGUUCCAGAAGAAAUUAGAAGUCUCAAUAUGAUAGAGAAAAUUUUAAUACAAAGGGCAAAAGCUUUUCAAACAAUUACGAAACUAAAUACCGUUAUGAAUAAAAAUAUUCCUCAUUAUGUAAAAAUUGAUAAAGUAAUUGGUAGAACAUUUCAUUUACCUUUACCACUAGAAGAGACUUUAAAAAAGAUAUGUCCUGAUACUGAUCCCAUUAAUGCAGAUCACGAAUUAUAUAUCUUGAUUCGAACACACCCAACAAAAGCUAAUAAAAUUUGGGAAGAUUACAUUGAUAUAAACAAAGUAUGGAAGGCGUUACAGUGGCUAAAGAAAAAUAAUUCUAUUUAUGAAAAAAUUGAACUUCCAUCUAAUCCCCAAAUGUUAUUGGAUACACUACACGAGCAAUUAGAAUAUGAAGAAAAUCAUGAAAACGCAGAAGAAGAAUGUACACCUAAAACAAAUACAGUACCAAACGAACCCCCAGUACGUCCGUUAUUAACCCAAAAAUCUGAGACGGACCCUUUUUAUGACCAUUACACCAUUUAUCCUUUGCAUGACAAAAAAAAGAAUGAAUCAGAUACUGCACUUUACCAGAUGUUGCAAGUUUCCGCUGCUGCUUUAGAUAACAGAGGAAAAGAUUUAGAUCUCAAAUGCUUUCCUGAUUUAUAUCCUUACGGAAAAUAUGGGCAACAUGCUGAAAGAAAGCCUAAUUUAAGAGAUUUCGAUUAUAUUAAGAGUAGAUUAGCAUCGAAACAUUCACAAUUUAGAUUGAAUAUUCAAUAUCUGUUUUUUUCACUUUACAAUAAUACACUGAGACAAAUAAAUGCUGGAAUAUUUCAAAUGCUUAAUAUCAUCAAUCCAAGGUAUAAGUACACGGUCAAAGAAUUUCUGCAAAUGUUAAAUGAAAAUAAACUAGAUGGUAAUUUAGAUACCAUUUUCUCUCGUUUGCCAGGUACUGAAUCGUAUUGGAAAAAAGUUCGUAAUGAAUUGAGGUGUAUGGCACGCGAGUACGGACCUGCUACUUUCUUUAUCACUUUCAGCCCAGGAGAGUGGAUGUGGUCUGCACUAGCGGAAUAUAUAAAACAAGUAAAUGGGUGGAAUGAUAGUCGUUCUAUUUCGCAAUUAAUAGCUGCAGACCCGGUAUCAACUGCUAGAUAUUUCCAAAAUAAAUUCAAAGCUGUGUUAGCUUAUAUACUAUCUAAGUCAAAUCCGAUUGGAAAAGUUACACAUUAUUACUGGGUCCGUGAAUACCAAGGUAGAGGAUUACCCCAUUAUCAUUGUUUGUUUUGGAUCCAGGAUGCUCCGAUUUAUGGUACAAGUUCGAAUGAAGAAGUGCAAGAGUUUAUCUUACAACAUAUAACAUGUCACAUUCUAGAUAAACAGAUUUCGCCAGAACUUCAUCGUCGCGUCUUAGCCUAUCAACAGCACAAACACAACGAUUAUUGUAUGCGCAAGAAACAGACAAAAACUGGAUUUUCAACUGCUUGUCGUUUCGGAUUUCCUCGCCCCGUAACUGAUAGAAUAAUUUUAAGAGACGUAUCUGUUGCUAUUUCGAAUCGAAAUAAAUUAAAAAAUAAAUCUCGAUUUUAUGAUUUACCUAGAACAACAGAUGAACAGAAUAUUAAUGAUUAUAUGCCUGCUCUAUUGCUCAUUUGGGAAGGAAAUAACGAUGCUCAAUAUAUUGGAGAAUCUUCUUAUUUGUUGACCAAAUACGUAAGCAAAUAUGGUACAAAAGGUGAAAAGAGCAAUUUAGAUUUCGCAGAUAUACAAUCAAAUAAACCGUUGUUUAACCGUCUUUGGGCUUUUGCUGUACGUGCCUUACAACAUAGAGAAUGUGGAGCGAUUGAAGCCGCUGAUGUUUUGUUAGGACAUCCUUUGCAUAGUACUGAUCCCGAAACAAUUGUUAAAUGGUUGAAUGUUAAUAUUAUAAGGGGUAGAAAACUAAAGCCAUUUAAUGAAAUCAAAAAUCUUCCAGAAGAUUCAACAGAUUUAUUUUAUGAUUCUUUCAUAGAUAAUCAUUAUCCCAACAGACCAAAGGAAUUAGAUUCAUUAUGUUUGUAUGAUUUUGCUAAGUGGUUUGAGAUUUCAAAGAAAAACCCAAUUUACAAAGCUGAGUAUUAUGAAAUGUCAAACGGCUUGUAUUGUAAAAAACGCAAGAAACCUUAUUUAAUAAAUCACUAUCAGUUUAAUCCAAAUAAUCAGUUAGAAGCUUACUACCAUGCGUUGUUAUUAUUAUUUAAACCUUGGAGGGAUUUAGAUGAAUUAAAAGGUUCUGACGGAACAUAUUGUGAAUCUUUUAAAAAACAACAGCAUGAGCUAGCACAAGCGAUGAAGUACCAUGAUAAAUGUACAAUUAUACAAGAAGCUAUGGAUAAUAUGAAUAAAUUAAUUCAGAAUCAAUUAGAACAAAGUGUAGCAGAUACGCCCAAAAAUUCAGCUCAUAUACCUGAUGGCUGUGUACCGAUUGAAGUAGAAAAUGCUAUGAAUGAUUUUCAAGCUGUUGUAGAAAAAGCUAUUAUUAGUAAACAAGACCUACAAAACUCGAUUGCGAAAUUUAAUACAGACCAGCUAAGAGUUUUCAACAAAAUAACUUCAGUUAUACAAUCAAAUAGUAAAAUACUAAGAAUGUUUGUAAGCGGUCCUGGAGGAACGGGUAAAAGUUUUGUCAUUGAAAAUUUAGUUUCAUGGAAUAAAAUACACCGUUGUAAAGAUACAGCCGUCACAGCUCCUACUGGAAUUGCUGCAUAUAAUAUCCAAGGACUUACAAUUCACAGAUUAUUGCAACUUCCAGUAGAACACGGCGGCACAGCAGAGUAUAAAGAAUUAUCUGGACCAGCUUUAAAACAAAUAAGACAGACAUUGCAGAAUGUUGACUUGAUUAUUAUAGAUGAAAUAUCGAUGGUAUCGAAUAUUACUUUCAUGUAUAUUCAUUUGCGUUUAACUGAGAUAUUCGAUACAUCUGAUACUGAGGAUGGAUGGUUUGGGAAAAUUAACGUUCUUGUUUUUGGUGAUUUGCUGCAACUUCCUCCAGUUCGCGAAGAUUUUCUAUUCGAAUAUGAUGAAUUAACAAUCAACAUGAGACAAAAAAAUGAUCAAGCAUACUCAGAAAUUCUUUCGCGUAUUAGAUUAGGUUUUAUGACUCAUUCUGAUAUAAAUGUACUGAAAACAAGAAAAAUUGAUUUUACAAGUAAUGAUUACUCGAAGAAUAUUCAAGAAUUAUGUAAUUAUUUAAAAAAAUUACCAGUAGAUACAGUGUGCUUAUUACCUACCAAAAAAAUGUGCAAUGCCAUUAAUGAAGCAAUGAUGCUUACCAUUGAUUCAGAAGAAAUUAAUCUUGUUGCCAAAGAUUCAUACAAAUGUGAAAAAAAUCUACAAAAAAAAGUCUUGAAAUUAUUGAACGACGAUGAAGACAAUUUUUGUGGUAUUGAUCGCUCCGGAAAAGAACAUGAAAUACCUCGAUUGGAAUAUAAAUUUAUUAUCAUGGAUAAAAUAUCUAUCACUCGAGAACAAUUUCCAAUUUGUAAUAGUUAUGGAAUAACAAUUCAUAAAAGUCAAGGGUUAAGCUUGACAAAUGCUGUCGUUGAAGCAGGAAACAAUGUAUUUAGUAAUGGUCAAACGUACGUUGCAGCUUCUAGAGUAACUACUUUAGAAGAUUUUCGAGUUUGUACAUUACAACAAAUCAUAGAUUAUAAUAUUGGCAAUUGGCAAGAUAUUGAAAAUUAUUGUGAUAACGGUUGUCAGUUAAAAAAGAUUAAAAAAGCUGAUUACGUAAUCAGUAAUACAUUGGUGAUUUUACAAUUGAUGUUAUUUGAUCGUACUGAUGAUAACGAUAUUGUAAAAAUAACGAAUUUAAAAAUAAAUGGAAUACCAUUAGCUAAGGUUGACAUCAAUG